GGAAAGGAGAAUAAUAAAGUUAAAUGGUUAACUGGCACUUUGCUUUACUUUAAAAAAUGACUGAAAAAAGCAUUCCCCAUGAGAUGGUUCUGUUUAUCUUGCCUUAUGAUGUAACAUGCCCUUUUACACGUCAUCAUCAUCAUCAUCACGAUCAUCUGUAAAAACUUCAUGUAACUUCAAUCGAUUUAAUAAAUCAGUUAUAGAAUAAUUAUCUUAAAAAAAUGUCUUCAUUUUACCAUGUAAUAAACAUGAUCAAUUUUCAGUUGAUGUACAUACUUAUUUUUAUCAUAAUAAAUUAUAUUACUGUUACUAUGACUACGACGUCGACGACGACAGCAUCAUUGUCCUACAGAGAAAAUCAAAAUAUGCAGGAGUUAUCAUUAUAUCCACCAGAUUCAGCUAGACGAUUUGCACAUAUAACACGUGGAAGUUAUUUUGGCUAUUCUAUAGCAACUUAUAUUGGACAAUCACAACCAUCAUGUUUAGUUGGAGCACCGAAAGCUAGUCAUAGUAGUAGUACAAAUGAAUCAACUGGUGUUGUUUAUCGCUUAGAUAUGGAUUUGACUUUUCCAUUUUGUUCAGUUGUCCCGAUAGCAACUACAGAUGCAUUAAGAAAAGAAGUUGGUACACCAACACCUGGAGUUUCUCAUUGGUUAGGUGGAACAGUAGCAGCUGCAAACAAUGCUGUUGAUGGAAUUCAACUUGGUUGUGAUUUUCGUUAUCUGUUCAACUCAGAUUUAAUGAAUGAUAUUUCUAAUGAUGCAGUUGACUCAGGAAAUCGUUUCAAGUCUUCAAUAAAAUCAAAAAGUUCACUUGGAAUAGGUAAUUGUGCCUUGUACACUGGAACGUCUAUGCAGUAUGUUUCUGUGGAUCCAUGUCAUAGUCAAGAAGAGGGGGCAUGUCUUGCUGGAUUCAGUGCUGAUGUACAAGCAGGCAAUCAAUCUGGAGAGGCGUUUGUUGCACUUGGCAUGCCUGGAAGUUAUUUAACUGAAGGCAAUAUCUUCUUAGGUCGUUACCAUGGUCGUGAACUGAUCAAUGCAAUCCGAUUGAAAAGUUCUUCUCAUGACUUAAAACACAAAGGUUUCGGUCUAGGCUAUGCUAUAGCUUUGGCUAAGUUGAAUAACAAUAAUAUUAAUAAUGAUAAAAUCACAAGACAACACCAUUUCAGUCAUCUACAACAACAGGAGGAACAACAACAUCAACCUCAAUCGCAUAUCAACAUAAUCACAUCCAGUCCAAUGUGGAUUGACAAUGACUAUCGUGGUAUUGUAAUGAUAUUAAAUCAAGCUAUGGAUUUAGGUGGGAUAACCUAUUUGAAAGAUAAGUGGGGUCAUGUUGGAAGUUACUUUGGCUAUAGUCUCGCCGUCGCUGAUCUCGAUGGAAAUGGUCUAGCUGAUAUUAUUGUUGGUGCACCAUACUUUACUAGACAUCAAAGUCAAGAAACACUUGAUAUUUCUGUUAAUACAGAAGAACAAAAUACACAUCAUCAGGGUACUCAAUGGUCAAACUUGUUACCAGAUAUUGGAAGAGUUUAUAUAUUUUAUGGCGCAUAUUUAAAUUCUUCAAGUUCACGAUCAGAUAUUCCAGAUUAUUUUAAUCGAGAACCAGUGAUUUUAGAAGGACCAAAGUCUCCUAAGGGGCGAUUUGGACACGCUGUUUCAAAUAUCGGUGAUGUUGACAGUGAUGGUACUGAUGAUUUGGCUGUCAGUUGUCCUUAUUGUAAUGAUCCUAAUGGGGAAGUUGAUAAAGGUGUUGUGUUUAUUUACUUGGGAAAGAAAGACUCCAUACUUGAUGCGGAACCAUUUCAAAGCAUAUGGCCUUCUGAUCUACCAAAGGUGCCUGCUGUAACAGUCUGCGGUAGUACUGACUUCACCAGUGAUUAUACAUCGGAAAGUCCUCGUGCUUUUACAGCAUUCGGUUGGAGUUUAUCGGGUUCAUCAGAUUUGGAUGGGAAUAAUGCACCUGAUCUUGUAAUUGGUGAUUAUGAAAGUGACCAGGUUGUAAUGCUUCGAGCACGUAACACUUUAUGGUUUGAUUCUGCUCAAUGGGAACUGCCUACACAACCUACAUUAUCAUGGUUAAGUGAGGAUGGUUUAACUUGUGAUUAUGAAUGCAGUUUUCCAAUGCAAUUAUCUGUCAGAAUCAAUGGUAAUCAACAACUUUUGAAGCAAAUAAAGGAUUGGAAGCUUCGGCUAAUGAUCGAUUUGGAUUCAGAUGUUGAACAACCUGAAAAUAAACGUCUCAUCGUAAGAUCUGUUAGAAAACAAAUGUAUGAACAUUCACUUGUCAAAGGAGUUAUCGAUACGUUAGUGGAUUUAAAAACCAGUGAAUUAAAUGAUGAAUAUGCUAAUAGAAUAGUUUUAUUCGACUUUGUUGUUGAACCUUUACCAGGCAGAGUUAGUACGCUUUUAUGGAAACCUGUACGUAUCAAUGUAACUCUCAGUCCAGUUAUGGAUCCAAUGUCUUUUGUUGAACAUAAAUCAAUAUCUUCAUGGAUGUUACAUCCUUUUCUAGGACAACGGUAUUUUGUCAGUCGGUCAAUGCAAUUUUCAAAUCCAGCUUGUGGUGUAGAUAACAUUUGUCGACCUGAUUUACAAGUACAAAUGACAGAUAUUUCAGAAGGUCCAACUGAUAAGUCAAUAAUCUAUUUUAGAGAACGUGUUACUCAAAGGAAUGUAACUGUUUUUGUAGGCAAUUUAGGAGAAAAUGCUUACUCUACUAAGUUACUGAUGACGUUCCCUGAUCAGCUGAGUUUCAGCAUACCUGAAGGAUUAAUGUGUGAAACUAUUCCGCUAAUUGAGCAUAAGCAAACCCAAUUAUCAUGCAAUUUAGGCGAUCCAUUAGGCUAUACAGGAAUUGAAGACGUGUAUUCAUUUACAUUUCAAAUAAAUACAGCUGGAGCAUUUCGUCAGUUGGAUGAACCAUUAAAUGACCAGCCAGAAAAUGUCACAUCAAGUAAUAAUAAUAAUAAUGAUCAACAGCAAUUUGAUGAUAUUACUACUCAACAGCGUAUACCAGAUUCACUAAAAGCCAUGAAAAGCAAACAAAACAGUGUGGAAAGGGAUUUCGAUACAUCACCAACACCCUCAUCAUUAUCAUCAGUGUGGAGUGAAAAUCGUUACAACCUAAACUCAUUCCCCACUUACCAAUCAUAUGAUCAACAUUAUAAUAAUAAUCGAGUGAAACGCAGUACAUCAUCGAUACCUAAAGAAUUGACAAUAACAGCUGAAGUUCACAGUGGAAAUGAAGAUAUCAAUAAGAAUAAUAAUAAGGCUAGUUUAUCAUACAAGCUGAAAUUGGCUGCAAAAGUUGAACUUUCAUCGUCGGCGUUGGAUCGUACAAUUAUUGAUUUUCGUAAUUUCUCUGUACAACCUUAUGAAAUGCAAAGAAUACACCCGGAAACUAUUGGUCCAGAAUUGAAACAUGUUUAUCUUGUUACAAAUGCUGGUCCAUCACCUCUUGAAAGUUUUUGGGUCAAUUUAACAAUCCCGUUGCAGACAAGAGAUGGUGAACAUUUGGUUUAUUUACUCGAUCGGCUUAGAUAUCAAGCAGAAGAUGGUGGACCUCCAAGAUUUGAAAACAUGUCACCAGAUGUUGUCAGUGCAGAAGGCCAUGUACGCGGAUUUUGUAUAACACCUGAGUGGGCACUUAAUCCCCUUCGACUAAAUGCUGUUCAUCGUAGUCGUCCUGAAGAGUUUUCCAGGUCUCAGUCGUUAAGACGAAGUUAUAGAUUUAGACGUUCAGUAAAGUGGAAGGCAAGAGAGAGAUUACCCUCUGUACAUGAAAAGGAACAUACCCCUGCUUAUCAAGAAACAGAAUCAAAAGAUGCAGUUAGAACAACUAGAUCAAUCCUUCAUGGUAUUAGAAAACGUCAGCAAGAAAUUGUUAAGUGUGGAGAAAAAAUCUCUGAAUUGGGUUAUCCAGUUUGUGCAGUUAUAUCAUGCCGUGUAAAUGGACUGUCGCGUGGUGAUGCUGUUCGCAUUGUCUUACGUGGAUGGAUAUGGGCUGAUACAUAUUUCCGUUAUAAAAUAUCUGACUUUGCAAUUAUCAGUGAAGCGAAUGCUCAACUUGAAGAAACUGCUUUCGGGAUAAAAAUUGACAGUAAUUUAACUGUUCAACCAUUAGCUAUAUCACAAAAUUUUGUAUUUGAAGGUAUAAAUGUAUCACUAUUCCGUGAAAUACCACUAUGGCCAUUUAUACUUGGAAGUAUUUUAGGCCUUGCAUUACUUGCAUUGCUAAUAUUUACAAUGUGGAAAUGUGGCUUCUUUCAUAGGAAACAGAUUUAUCACAAUCAACUUCAACAAUAUCCAAAUGCAAACAAUAGUAAUGGUAGCAAUAUUAAUCCAAUAUAUGUUGGCCCAACAAAAAUUUAACAAAUAUUAAUAAUAAUUAUUAUUAUACAGAGAAAACUUAUAUUUGGAUGUUCAUUUAUCUCAGCUUAUAUCUAGUUCUUGACGGCCUUAUUCUUACUUGUGUAAUUUUUGCUUUAUCUUCUCAGAUUAUAUAACUAUGUAUGCAUUUGGAAUAUUUCGAUUAACAGUACUAUUCUCUUAUGUAUCUGUGUAAAUACAGUAAUUUUAAUUUUAUUUUUAGCAUUCUGUUUUACAUUCUUUUUGUUUACCGAUGAUUGCUUUUGUUUCCUGACUAACAAACAGUCAGUCUGAUCAUUUCGUUAUAUAUAAUUUGCCUAUUGAACAUUGAAUGUUUUACGCUCCCUUUUUGAAAUUUAUUGAUUAACAAGUAAUAGGAGAAUCUAAACACUUGAAUAUGCCUUGUUUUUCUAUGCAUAUUAUUUAACUAAGUUGUAUUGAUAAAGCCUUCAACACAAACAUGUAAAUGAAUGAUCUUGCUUUUUCAUUUUAUCUAUGAAUUCAUGACGAGUUCGAUUGUAGUACCGUUGUAUACCUUUCAUAUUAUUAUUGAUUUAAAAUACUGGUAGGAUAUAUUUCAAUUUUGAGUUUAACUCAUUUUGUUUUUUCUUUUGUGUAUUUACAACAAUAAUCUGUACAAUUUAUACAACUUGACAUUUUGCUUCAGCUAGUCAUUUUUUUGUAAAGAUUUCUUUUUGUUGAUUGUGUAUAAAAGUAAUAGUUAUUUUUUAUUCUUUGUAUUUUUCUUUGCUUCAAUAUAAAUUCAAAGAAUUCAC